GGCCCGCCAGGAUGCAGCUCAAGCCGAUGGAGAUCAACCCCGAGAUGCUGAACAAAGUGCUGGCCCGGCUGGGGGUCGCCGGGCAGUGGCGCUUCGCGGACGUGCUGGGGCUGGAGGAGGAGACGCUGGGCUCGGUGCCCGCGCCCGCCUGCGCGCUGCUGCUGCUGUUCCCCCUCACCGCGCAGCAUGAGAACUUCAGGAAAAGACAAAUCGAAGAGCUGAAGGGACAAGAAGUCAGUCCUAAAGUGUACUUCAUGAAGCAGACCAUCGGGAACUCCUGUGGCACAGUCGGGCUCAUUCAUGCUGUGGCCAACAAUCAAGACAAACUGGACUUCGAGGAUGGAUCAGUCCUGAAACAGUUUCUUUCUGAGACAGAGAAGAUGUCUCCUGAAGACAGAGCAAAAUGCUUUGAAAAGAAUGAGGCCAUACAGGCAGCCCACGAUGCCGUGGCACAGGAAGGCCAAUGUCGGGUAGAUGACAAAGUGAACUUUCAUUUUAUUCUGUUUAACAAUGUGGAUGGCCAUCUCUACGAACUUGAUGGACGGAUGCCUUUUCCGGUGAACCACGGCGCCAGUUCAGAGGACCACCUGCUGCAGGGUGACCAUUGUCCUCCUGACGCCGCCAAGGUCUGCAGAGAAUUCACCGAGCGUGAGCAGGGGGAGGUCCGCUUCUCUGCCGUGGCUCUCUGCAAGGCAGCCUAG